UGACGCGAUUCCUGUUCCCUGUCGCCUUCACAUAAAAACAACUUACAUUACUUUGCGAGCAGUGUUGUUUAAAUGCUAGGCCUAACCUAGAGUUCUGUAGUAAACCGGUAGCAGAUGGACAAACACUGUAGUGUAUUUUAUGGUUUGCUACACAAACUCAUAUUUUAGGUGCUUUCUGUUGGAUAUUGGGUUAGAUUCUAAACCAUGAAUACGUCGUCAGCUGGUUUUAACAGAACGAGUAGACAGAGACAGCCCUGUCUUUUUGGCCAAGACAACCCGGAAGUUAGACCACCACCCUCAGACAACACAAAAUUGAGUGAUAUACUUGAAUCAAAAAAUAUAUCUUUAAGAGAAUACAUAGCGCAAGAACAUGCACGGACACUAGAAUACGGUAAGAAACUCAGGUGGUAUCAUGGUAAAAUAUCGAGAGAAACGGCAGUCCAUAUAUUAUUGGAAAAUGGAAACUCCGAAGGUUUGUUUUUGGUUCGAGAGAGUACAAGUGUUGUUGGCGACUAUGUUCUUUCGUUAGUAAGAGCAGGCCAACCUCAACAUUUUCAGAUUCAUUGCUGUGGAGAUUUCAUUUACCAGAUAGAAAGCGGACCAGCCUUUACGGGACUGGAAAACUUGAUAUCCCAUUACAAGGAGUCUUCAGAUGGAUUGCCAACUCGUCUGGGGGACUUCUGCAAAGGUGAUCCUCCUCCACCAACAACUAUGAAAACAGGGAGAGACACACCACUUCAUAAAGCAGUAUCUGAAUCCAACUUAGAUCUAACGAGGAAGGUGUUGCGGGAACACAGCCUGGCAAAGUACCUAGAUGCUCGCAACUCUGCAGGCUACACAGCACUACAGAUAGCCGUCGACAACGGAAAUUAUGAUAUUGUAAUGUUACUUCUGGACCACAAAGCCAAUGUGAAUGCCAAAGAUGCUUCUGGAGUUACAGCUUUGCACCAUGCCUGUCUGAACAAUUUUCCUCUCAUCUGUCAGCUGUUAGUAGAAAGAGGUGCAGACCCAACAGCCCGCCACCAUACUACAGGCUGGGUACCGCUUCACACAGCAGCACAGAGAGGAAACUCAGAAUGUGUUAAUCAACUGCUCAACAUGGGUGUGCCUCGGAAUCCUAGAAACGCAGAUGAGGACACUCCAUAUAAGCUAGCGGUACGAUACGAGAAUAAAAACACAGCAGAACUACUAUUAAAAUUUGUGCCUCCUCCACCUAAAACAAGCUACACAGACUGGUUUCACGGUGUCAAGGAUCGUGGUUACGCGAUUCAACAGAUCACUAUGAAUGGUGGGGGUCAUGGGCAGUUUCUGGUUCGUAGCAGUACGCAUAAACCAGACACUUACGUUUUGACCAUGGUCUCUGGAGGAUUGUAUUAUAACUUUGAAAUUGAUACUAAGAUUGAUGGUUUCCACAUAGAUGAUGGACCUUUCUUCAGCUCCCUGGAAUACCUCAUAGAUCACUACCAGAAGUAUGACGAUGGCCUACCCUGCAAGCUGACGGUCCCAUGCAGGCCAGCGACUGUGGUGCCGCUUGAUCAUGAGAAGGAUUCUCCGCCCGCUCUUGGGCCUAGACCAGCCGACUUGACUGUAGGCACAACAGGACAUCAGAAUGCUCAUCUACAGAAAGGAACGGUCAAUGCGACAUCUGCCAAAAAGUUUAACCUAUUUAAAGGGAAGAAAAAGCCUGCUAGAACAUUAAGCGAAGAAAAACAAGACAAUCUAAUAUUUAUUGAUAUAAAAAACAUUGUACAAGGUCGAGAACUAGGGCAAGGAGAAUUUGGCUCAGUACUAGAGGGCACUCUGAAGGAUAAGCAUAGUAAAAAGCAUAUGAAAGUGGCUCUCAAAACACUUCAUUCAGAGCAUAUCACUACUGGACAGAAAGAAUUCAUUCGAGAAGCUUGCGUAAUGUGUGACCUGAAUCACUCGUGCAUCGUGAAGCUAUUAGGUGUUGUCAAAGGCCCACCAAUGAUGCUGGUUCAGGAAUUAGUGCCAAUGGGGUCGCUGUUGGAUUAUCUAAUUGACCAUGCAAAUGAGGUCUCGGAGAAAGAUUUAAAGAGGUGGGCAGGCCAGAUUGCAGAGGGUUCACUCUAUCUAGAGUCGAAGAAAUUUGUACAUCGUGAUUUAGCAGCAAGAAAUAUUUUGUUAUCAACAAAAGAGCAGGCCAAAAUUAGUGAUUUUGGGUUGUCAAGAGCAACUAAGCCAGAGAGUGAUUAUUAUAGAGCGACGACUGGAGGAAGGUGGCCUGUGAAAUGGUAUGCCCCUGAAUCCAUCUACUACGGGCAGUUCUCACAUGCAUCUGAUGUUUGGAGUUUUGGUGUUACAUUGUGGGAGAUGUAUAGUAUGGGGGAUCAACCGUAUGGAGAAAAGAUGGGUGCUGAUGUGAUCAAGUUUAUAGAAGAUGGCCAUAGGCUGGAAAAACCAGAGAUGUGUCCGGAUUGGGUUUACGAUAUAAUGAUGCAUUGUUGGGCGUAUAGGAAGGAAGCGAGGCCGACAUUCAAAAUCUUGCGUGACAAGUUUAAUAUCAAGUCGCAAUAGUAGUGUACUAUCAAUAGUCAACUAUAGUUUUGACCACACUAUCACAAUUAAGCGACAAAUUUGUCUGAUAUGGGUGUGAUGAUGUCAUAUUAUGCCCAAAUAUGGGCAUACCACAUUUUUUUGUCGCAUAAAAUUUGAUAGUGUGGACAAAGCAAGCUUUUGUUUUAUACCAUAACCUUCUAAGACAGUAAUUUUUAUUCAUUUUUUAAAUAUUAUAUAUGGAACUACAGGAAGGCUACAGGCUUCUAAUCCAAACAUUAGUGGUUCAAAUCCAAGACAAAGUUACUUUGCCAAGUUAUUGCACCUGAAAUGUGUGGUACAGCAGCAAUGCUCAGGGCUUCCAAUCUAAAGAUCAUUAGUUCGCAUCCAAAGCUUGGACACAUUAGGAGGUGCAAGCUACAUUAUCAUAUUAGCAAGUUGCACCUGAAACAUUUGCAGAGUAGAAUGUCUCCAGGCUUUCCAAUCUAAAGACAGUGGGUUUAAAUCCGAGGCUUGGUCACAUUGACAUGUGUAGCUGAUUAAUUAAUAGUUGUUUGUCUCAAUCCAGGUGUGUACAGGGGUAUCUGUUAGGGUGUGAAUAUUUUAUAGGUAAUUGUAAUAUACUUAUACUGUACUGCACUAAAGACUGGAUUAUUUUUAUAUGCUUACAAAUAAUGCUAUAAAAAGGAAUUAAUUUGUCUGAUGUUGCUUCACAUUAAGCUUUUACUCCAGUAUGAAAUCACCUUCAUAAUCUUUUAAAUUUUGUUGGACAUUUAUGAACGUAUAACUGUAUUUAUAAGUUUCAACACAAAAUCAUAUUUAUAAUGUUUGAUUCAUAAAAUUUACAAUGAAAUAAAUUUUGACAUGUGUAUAUUUGCACUAUUGUGAAUUAGUGUUCUUAUUAGAAUUCUAACAAAAUUUGUAUUGAUAUUUAAUUUAAAAAAUUGUUGGGGGAAAAAUCAGGUAUUUUAAAUGUAAGAUAUUUGUAAAUUGUAAUACCGGACUUCGAAAUGUAGUUCUUGCCUGAAAAAUACCAUCAUAUAUGCUUGCGUAGGGGCUAACAACUGUCAUCCAUAUGACUUACAUUACAGUUUACUAGAUCAAAGAAAAUGAUAACUUGGAACAUUUUUUUCUGGGAAAAAAAAAAUUAAAACUGCAAAGAAACACCAAUGCAAAACAUCCAAAAAUCAGAAUAAAUUUUGAGUUUGUGUGCACGAGAAAAAAAUUACCAGCGGAAUAAAUGUAAUUUACUAAUCUUAGCUGUCGGAUAUAUCAUGUAUUCUGUAUUUAACUGUAAAGCGUAAUGAGAUCGUACAGUAAGCUAAAGUCUACUGUAUGGAAGUAGGCAUGCCUGUAGGCACGCAAGCAUAUUGGUUGCAAAUUGAAGUAGACCUACUAUAUGUCUGUUUCCUUAAUUUUGCUGCGUAAGAGCAAUGAUAAUUAAUUUUUGCAAGAUGUAAUAAUUUAUGAUGUCUUAAGACAAAUUACCUUUAACAUAAAUAUUCAAAUAAAAUAUUAGAUAAUCUACAAUUUUUUUACUCAGAAUGAUAUAUUUAUGUAUUUUUCAAGUAAUAGUGGUUUUUCUUUUUAUACCACAAUUCAAAUAUUAGUACUUCUCCUGAAAUACAUUAUAUUUUUUUACUUGAUAUUGUUGUGUACUUGCGGUACUUGGGUAAGAGUUUGGACUUUCUGUCAUUGAAAUGUCAUCAGCAGUGAUGUAUACCAUCUUGUAUACAGCCACAUACAGCAUUAAAUUUUUUGUAAAAGUAAAACCAAAAUUAUAUUUCGACAAUGCUGUGUAUUCUAGUUUUAUGUAAAUUAAAAAUGCUUUUAGAGGAUUAUACAUGCAUUUAUUUUUUUAUAUUAUUAGGCUUGUAGAUUAAGGUUUUCCUGACAAUUUACAGUGUACAAGUAAAUAUUAUUUUUAAUAUAUUUGCAAAUUGUGUUAUACUUCUUCCACCCAAAACCGUUACUUACUUGUUAAAGACACGAUACCAUGCAACAGGUUGUUCGCAUGAAAAUUCAACCCACUCAGUGAUAAAGCUAACAUUUUCAGUAGGUGCUAAGUAUGUAGAUAGACAGAUAAUUCUGCAGUAGUUAUAGGAGUACCUGAAUUGCAAGCCUUUAUUCAGACCCCCUUCUGUCCAGUUGGACUUGUUAGACCCUCAGUCGGCAAAUUUCUGAAGCCACCACUGAAAGCACAGUACUAAAAGACUUGUAUAGUAGCUGUGGCGUAACACCUAUGGCAUCUGGUGCGGCUGUCUGCAGGGCCCCUGACCUUUAUGGGCCCUGGGUCCCUCUUAAGGUCUUCACUCUAGCACCCUGAUGCAAAAGAGCUUUGUUGAUACAUAACAGCAUAUUGUGUCUCUGACAUCGACUGUAGGACUUGUAUCAUAUAUCCAGUGACGGAUUAAAGUGAGUGCCAUUUCCGGCACUCUAGAGGUGCCAUAAUCAUAAAUUUUCUUCCUUCAGCCCGGGACUGAGGUGGUAUAGACCAUCCGUCUGUGAAAUAGGCCCUCUGUUUCAAAUGUCUGGAUCCGCCACUGAUAUCAUCAUUUUCGUUGUUAAAACACAAUGGCAAAAAAUAAUUAAACAAUCCACAAUUUCUGAGAAAACCACAGGGCCCCAGUGUUACGUCAAAACAGAAGAAAAGUGUUCAUUCAUGUGUCACACUCCAGCCCAUUAUUUUAAAUACACAGUUACCAAUCUUCUCAUACUUUUUAAAAUCUAUGUGAUCAUGACUUUCACACAUUCAGUAAGAAACUAUCUGGAAUUAGUUUACGAUAUUUAAUAAGAACAAUACACAAAAUGGUUCUGCUUCAAAUGGGGCGAUCUUGUGUUUUUACUUUCUUAGCUCAAGAUUCCCUGUGAGCAUCUAACAGCUUACUUCUUCAAUUGGUGAUGUCCACCAAAGUUUACUAACAAAUUUUCUUUAAUUAUGCAUUCAAAUUUUCCUGAGGUUGAUAACUACAUUAAUAGGGCACAAGUUGUGUAGCUUCUUACAAUUUGCACUUGUACAUGCCAUUGUGAUUUCCUUUAGGUGACAUUAUGAAGUAGUUGAUUUUAAUACAGUGGUUCUCGAACUAUGGGUCGCGACCCACAUCUGUGCGCCAAAUAAGUUAGAGGGUCAUGGGACUCCUUAGGAUUUAAAAAAAAAUUGAAUUUUAUAUCAUGCUUAAAUUUACUAUACAGUAGAUAUCUGAUAUAAACAUUUUACUUUAAUUUUGUUUAGCAGUGAAUGCCCAUUUUUAAAGUCCCAGUAUUAAGUGGGUCGCUACCAAUUGCCUGAUGUUUUGGGUCGUCACCCAUGAGAACCACUGUUUUAGUGUGAGUAAGGUUUUGAAGUCUUGUACUGUUGUACAAUCACUAUUAUUCACAGGAGGACCUAACAUUUAUCUUUUAUGCUUGGAAGUCCUUUCUUGCAUGUCAAUGAUUCUUUAAUAGUAUAUGAUGUGGUGUCAGAAAAAAAAAUUGAGUGUUCACAGCUUGAAAGCAUUCAACAGGCCUUCCCAAAAUAUUCAUUUUAAACAGAUUUUAAUUUUUUAAAAGUUUCUUGCAAGCAAGCACUCAAUAAAAACAAUAUUAAUUCAUUAUCAUCCAGUAGAUUACACCUUAUACUGUAGUCCACCAAUUAUCAGAAAUUCAGUGUAUAACUAACACGCAGUAAGAAUUUGUCUACAGAAACUUGAAAGUUUUCCAUCGAUUUUUCUACAAUUGUCAUUUUUAAACAGAUUUUAAUUUGGAAUAAGUUUCCUGCAAGUUUAAUAAUUAGUGCUUUCAUUAUCAUUUUAGGAGAUGGACCAUUAUUGCAUGUAGAAGUUUGUAAAAUGAAUGUAUAUUGUCAACAAAUUUAUACAAAAAUAUGUUUGCAUCGAUUGCAAUAAAGAAUAUAUAUAUGGUA